AUGGUCUUUGUUCAGUCUCCUCUUGCGCUGUUGACACUGAUAGCAGCCACAUCGAAAGUCAAUGCUGUCGAAUAUGAAACGCAUUAUGGCGCUGCGUCGAAAACGAGUGUCGCUGCCUACACGUCCUACGAACAAUACGCGACGAUCAUGUUGGUCGCUGUCAACAAGCAGCGCGCCACUCAAGGCUUACCACCAAUGUGUCUAAAUAAGAAGCUGCACGAUUCGGCCCAGCUCCACUCGGAUGAAAUGGCUGCUGGGAAUUACUUGGGACACCAAGGAUCCCAAGGAUCCACCGUGUCGGACCGUAUUACACAAGCCAAUUACAAAUGGAACGCCGUGGCCGAAAACGUAGCAUCUGGUCAGAGCAACGUGGAAGAUGUGAUGGUGUCGUGGAUCAACUCUCCAGGGCAUCUGGUUAACAUCAUGGGCGAGUAUACGAUGUUUGCGCCUGGGUACACUUUCAGAAUGGACACCGAGGAUCAGCAUUUUUGGACACAAGAUUUCGGUUCAAGUGACAUUGAACAAUGUGACGGCACAAGUGGCUCCACCAAUUCUACUCAGAGUGUGGAGCAAGUGCAGACUGAUCAAGAGCCUGAGGGUUCGGUGGAUCAUGUCUCGAUGUAUCCGACGCCUGAAGUUGUUGAUACAUCGGCGCCUGAUUGUCACUCCAACUUCUAA